GAAAUUAAUUCCGGAAUCGGAAAUAUUAAAUAUUGUUCGUAUCGGAAAUGAAUUCCGGAAUCGGGAAUUUAAUCGGAAGCGUAUCGUACGAAUUAACAUCGGACGAGGCCCGCUAGACGAAGGCCCAGCACGAAGCCAGGCCGUCGCCCAGCGAGCCAACGCACACCAGCGCACGCCAAAGCCUCGACCAGGCCCAGCGCAAGGCCAGGCCCAGCCAAGGCCUUGGGCGCGCGCGCGGAGCACAACAGUGGGCCGAGCGCUGUGCGCCUAGCGUGGGCCGCAAGGCUUGCGCGGGUGUACGGUGCUCGUGCAUUGCUUGUGCGGGAAUCCUGAAGCAAUCAGGAUUCGAAGUGUGAUUAAAUCCUAAAACUAUUAGAUAAUGAUUAUUUAAUUAGAGUCCUAGUAGGGUUAUAAUUAAAUAAAUUAGUAUCCUAAUAGGAUUCCAAAACCCUUUCCAUAACUCUAUAAAUAAGUGCCUAGGGUCACAUAUUUUCAGAGAUUAUUCAAGUAUUCAAAGUGAGUUUUUGAGAGAAAAUUCAGACACAUUUCUUGACUAAAAGUGCCGAAAAUUUUAGUACCUUAAGGGCGAUUCUAGUUGGUCAAUCUUAAGGCGGAUCCGGACGUGCUGUGGACUAUCUACGGAGGGACGACACUUGGAGUCCUAAAGACUUGUUCUUGUUCGGUUCGGGCGCAGCUAGGGAAGGCACGCAACAAAGAAAGCAUGGAUUAGAUGUAGUGGCUAUUAAUCCGGGUACAUGUCUUGGCCCGCUGUUGCAGCCAGGCUUGAAUGCGAGCUGUGCUGUACUGCAGCAGCUGCUUCAGGGGUCAAAGUGCACUCAGGAAUGCCACUGGCUAGGGGCAGUACAUGUCAAAGAUGUGGCAAGAGCUCAAGUCUUGCUGUUUGAGACCCCUGCUGUUUCUGGCCGGUACCUUUGCACCAAUGGUAUCUACCAGUUUGCUGAUUUCGCUGCCAUUGUCUCUCAACUCUUCCCAGAGUAUCCAAUUCACAGGUUUACUGAAGAAACCCAACCAGGUCUGGUGGCCUGUAGAGAUGCAGCCAAGAGAUUGAUCGAUCUAGGCCUAAUUUUUACACCACUAGAAGAAGCAAUACAUGAGACAGUAGUGAGUCUGAAAGCCAAAGGUUUCUUGGAGGAAUAAAGGCCAAAAUCGUAGUUGCUUUCAUUGAUUCUAUGUGUGUAGUCUCAUUGCUUUCAGAAGCAGGCAACUAUAGUAAUUAACUUGUAUGAGAGUCUUAGCCUGUCCGCCUUUUCUAUUUUAACUAUAAUAAGUCUUUAGUGCGUAAUCAUCAGUUCCAUUUUCUUUCAUUAUGAUCCUUAAUCAUCCUGUAUUGGCAACUUGUUUAUGGCAAGUUACCAACAUUAUUUAAUAAUAAUCUCGAUGUUGCUUUAUGACUUCCUUAUUACUGUACUAAUGAUGGUUUCUUGUGCAAAUUUUAUGUCCAGUUUCAUUGAAAUCUAGGGCUUCCGACAUGAUAUUCCUGUAAGGGCAUGCCAAUAAUCAGCAGAUACUCCAAACCUCGGUUUCCGGUCAGUCGUGCAAUUAUUAAUAACUCUUAUCAACAUCUGUAUAAGACACAUGAUAUUUAAUCAUUACCAGGAAAUAAUAAGGUUAAGAAUGAUAUUGGAAAGUACAUGUGACUGGUUAGUUGUUACUCCAAUAUUGAGCUUUCCAAAGGGCUAGAUCAUACAGAUUGCCUGCUUUUGCUGUCAAUUUUGUUUGCAGAAUUUGGCUGUUUCUCUGGCACGUGAUUUUUUGAUGGUUUUGUUUGGUAGGGUCUUUUGUCGCCCAUAAACAGGCAAGAUUAAGAGUUUACUUAUGCAGAUUAUGAGUUCCAACCCUUUUUCUUAUUGUUCUAGCUUUAGCAUUUAUACUUCUUUCUCUCUCCUGUUUUUUCUGUGUUCUGAUACUAAGCAGCAUUCCAUGUGCUCUCUUUCUAUCUGCUUCUCAAAUUUUAUGCUGCUCUUUUACAAAGAAGGAAUCUUUCCUUUUUUCUGUUAACAGAAACUCAGUGUGAGACUUGAGUUUCAUCUGUUCCUUAAUAAAACAUUUUGAUUUUCACUGGCAAUAUAUUAGUAAAAAUUAUGAAAAUUAUGAAAAGUUGAUAUUUUGAAAAUAAACUUUGACAUGAAUCAAACUACAUUUAUUUAUGACUCUGCUUUUCCUUUCCUUAUACAUUAGUCAUUAGUGAGUUGAGUAAGGUGAGGUUUCUAAUCAUGCAUUAUUAUUAUUUUUCUUAUAAAUAAAAAUUAUUUGAAGUGUCUGGCAUUUGCAUGUGCAUCAAAUGAUUUUGGCCCACAUCAACAAAAUUAAUAUUCUAUAAUCUUGAUACCACUCAAAAAUUAAUCUUCAACCCCACCACUAUUACCUUCUCCAUCCCAUUCUUUUUCUGAUGGUAUUUAUGCUUCUCCCUUUGCUGAAGUUUGUGAUAUGCAAAAAAAAAAGUGAUGAUAUUUUUGUAACACUGUUCUUUUUACACUUUGAUGCUAUGAGUAGCCCAGCACCUUGCAGCAGCACCUGGUCAAUUAGUGAAGAUUCACCAAAGAGAUAUGUACAAUAUGCAAGCGAGAACUGUAUACAAGAGCUGCUGUCAGCGUCAGACUCGAGUAGGAAUGGGAAUGGAAAUGACGGGUGGAAGAUUGUUUCGUUAGAUAGUGGUAUGGAAAUAUCAAAGCGGCGUUCAGGAUCAUUCCACAUCUUUCGUAGUCGUUGGCUCCUCAAAUCAGUCUCUCCUCAGCAGUUCAUUUCUGUUGCCAAUGCUAUUGAUGCUGCAAAGCAAUGGGAUCCUGACUUGGUGGAGGCAAGAUACAUAAAGGAUCUGGAGGAAAAUCUGAGCAUAAUACGUCUAAGAUUCGGUGACGCAUCAAGGCCGUUGUUUAAGAACAGAGAAUUUAUUGUAUACGAAAGACGUGAGACGAUGGAUGACGGCACCCUUGUGGUUGCAGUAGCUUCACUCCCAAAAGAGAUAGCUGCUGGGUUAUACCCUAAGCAAAACAAGGCUAUCAGGGGUUUAUUGUUGCAAUCUGGCUGGGUUGUGGAGAAGCUUGAAGAUCAUUCCUGCAUGGUCACCUAUGUUGUUCAGAUCCAGCAGGAUGGCUUCCAAAGUUAUUUGUGAAUCGGCUGAACACAAAACUUGUAAUGAUUAUUGAAAAUCUAAAAAAAUUAGCACAAAGAAAUCAACUUGCUAGUGCUAUAUAAUUACUUGUACAAAAAACUUUUCAAAAGAAAAAAAAAGUGCAGGGACCAUUUUAGUGGUAAAAUUUUCUGUCAUAGUUGAUAGUACUAGUAAUUAUGAGAGCUUCUACUUGUAUUUUAUAUGUGCUAACUAUAACCGGUUAGACGGUAGGACAUCUCGUACGCUAAUUAUUUUAUUUUUGUCCACUUUUUUUUUUUUUUUUUCUAGUGGGGUAAUUUUAUCCACACUAAUUUUUAAAUGGACCUUGUUCAUACUAAAUUAUUGUGGAUCAUGUAUAAAAUAAAUAAAUUAACAA